UCCACCAGUUCUCAGGUAAAGCCAGUGGGAUACGUUAGCACUGGAGCGUUACCUACGUUGGAAUUUCAUCAAAAUAAUCGGGAUUUUUUUGGAGGUUCGGUUGAUUUUUAGAUUUGAGUGAGUUCUGUUCUGUAGGAAAAUUGUGAACUGGUUUCUGUUGUGAUGGAGAUGUGUUGGAUAACGUGAUUGAUAGGGACAGCAGCCAGCGUAUUCGAGAUACUGCAAGUGCAUAGUGACAUCAUUAGUGACAGGCUAUGAGAAUUCUCUUAAAUCCAUUACAUAGUAAAUCCUUCUGUUAUCUAUAGUUGAAGUUCAUUAGUCUCAUAGUAUCAAUUCAAAUCCAUUGUACGUUCAUCGGAGCCCUUCUGAAUAAAUAAAAAGACACAAAAUCAGACCGGAUGCAAAACUGAAUAAUGGCAGACGCAGUAAACUUAUGACGUUGUGACAGUCCUGCAAAGGAAAUUCAAGAUGGUGGGUCGCCAACAGAGGGAUAUGGAGAGGAGGUACUCCAUAGCAGAAGUUCCUUCGGAGCUGAGUGGAAUGCCUCCACCAGGGUUGAUGCCUUCAGCCUCUGAGGAUCUCCAUGCUUGGUCUAUCUACAGGCAAAAUCUGAACUCAGAUUUCACAGACUCGGCCCUGGGCUCCAGUGAGAAGUCGCCUCUACCUUACGGCAACUUCCAACUCAGGGAAUCAACGGUGCAAUCUAUCCUCAGUCAUCCCCGCUAUGGACCCAAAUCAGCGCUCGGUUCCAACAUGUACACGUACCUGAAGUUCGGCCUACCUCGGGUGUUUCCGCCGAAUGGUGUGAGGGGAGGAAGAGACGGCAGCAGCGGCUACGACUCCAGUGAUGAUGGUGGUGGUGGAGGGGGGAACGGUACUGCAGCCAGACCGCGACCCAGAGCUAGACAUGCAAGUCAGCAACAUUUGCACGCCCCACCCGGAUACUAUUUACGCGCCAGGAGUGAUCCUGAUUUUCGGAACACGCCGUAUCAUGGGCCAAGCAUGCCCCUGAGACAACAGAUGGGUGGCCCCGGGGGCGGGGGUGGAAUGCCGCCUCCCCCCCACCAGCAGCACCCAGCCGGGGGCCGUGGCAAGAGUGUGAGUGAGGCCAACCUGCUCGCACCAGAACUGCUGAUGAGGCAUAAUGCGGCUCCCUAUGAACACAGGCGUAGUGUACAUGAUCUGCGGGGCGCAAUCGCCUACUCAGAGCUUGGGGGACCACCGCCGCAUGUAUUGGUGCAUAAUGCUAGACACGGGGGUCGUCCAGCUUCCGUGGCAGUGGUGGGAACAGGACACCACCACCCGGCAGUGUUGCACCGCCACGGCAGUCACUCUGUGUUGGACGGCGGAGUGGGGGGUGGUGCCGCCCCCAGCAUGCUCAGCGGUAUGGCACCCCCCUCCUCACGAGCCCACUCCGCCCUCCGCUCUCAUGACGCACCGCCAGGCAUGUCCUUCCAGGUGCAUCGUGGGGAGGCGUUUAGUGGAGCCUAUCCGCAUUUGCAGGUUCGAGGUCUAGAUGUAGACGGCAAGAACAACGAACCUCUGCUUCAGUCGGUUUCGUUCGAAGCCAAAGCUGGAGAAAUCUUAGCAGUCAUGGCAACACAAGUUGACGAAGGUCGUGCCAUUCUGGACAUCCUGUCGGGUACAAGACGGGCAAGAACCAUCCACAUAGUGCUGAACGGACAGAGCAUCAGCCAGCGAGUGCUGAGGAAGAGGGUGGCCUAUGUGAGGAGUGACUGCACCCUGGCGGGGAGUCUUAGUGUGUCGCAAACGCUUGCAUUCUAUUCAAGACUCAGGAGGCCUCCCAGGGGGCCCACCAAAGUAUCUUCCACCGAUCAGAUGGAUCUGCUAAUAGAGGAGUUGGGCCUGACUCAGGUGCUAGACACAAAAGUGGCAAGCCUGACCGACUCGGAAGCGCAAAGACUGAGCUUGGCCUGCCAUCUGGUGUCCGACGCCGAAAUUCUGCUUCUGGAUCGCCCCACGCGGUCCAUGGACAUUUUCGACACUUUCUUCCUCGUCGAGUUUCUACGACAGUGGGCUGGAGGUAGCAGUACAGGUGGUCUAGUAGGCAGAAUAGUGGUGCUGACCAUCCAGCCUCCAACCUACGAGAUCUUCACGAUGGUGUCGCGGGUGCUGCUGCUCUCUGGUGGCAGAAUGAUGUACUCGGGCCGAAGACGAGACAUGUUGCCAUAUUUCUCCGCCGCUGAUUAUCCCUGUCCUGCCUUCAAGAAUCCUUCCGAUUAUUACCUUGACCUGGUAACCCUGGAUGACCUUUCGGCAGAGGCGAUGCUGGAGUCGUCGCAACGCAUCGAGCAGUUGGCAGAACUGUUUCGGCGCCGACAAGAGCCCCUCUCCGACCCGGGACCACCGCAGGCCCUGCCUGGCAAGACCAGGACUGCCAACCUAUGCUCACAGGCUGUUGCUUUGCUCAUGAGACAAUUGAUCUACUCACAGCCGACCAGCCUGACCAACUGGUUGACUCAUGUUCUUCUCGCUGCCAUACUUUCACUUAUUGUUGGUGCUAUAUUUUGGGAUGUGCCCAAGUCUGAUCCGCAACUUCUCUAUGCUGACAGGAUUGGAUUCCAUUAUACAAUGAUGUGCGUUGCUUCACUGCCCAUUCUACUGAUGCUAACUCUGAGCGACGCUCGCAGUUCUGAGAGAGCAGCUUCCGAGAUGGAUAUCAGAGAUGGUCUCUAUUCGAGGCUCAUUUUUAUCAUUAUAACAGCUAUUAUCAGCUUUCCAGCCGUGCUGUUUGUUUGGCUUGCUUAUAUAAUUCCAGCCUACGCGAUGACUGCAUUAUAUAAUCAGGGCUCACAAACACCCAACGGAUUCCACAUCUAUAUAAGCACAAUGCUGGUACACAUGAUGUGCCUCUACUACACACUGAGGCUCAUCAGCCAACUGUGGCGGUCCCGGCGGACGGCGGCCAUCGCUUCCGGUCUGGUGUUGGUGGUGUUCUCGCUGGUGUCCGGAUAUCCGGUGUACCUGGCGGAUGUGCCCCCCUGGCAGGCCAACUACUUCGGCCUGGUGUCUCCCGUGAGAUGGAUGAUGCCCAGUCUCCUAGCCAGAGAGUACUCCCCGGUCACUCUGGCCGCCAUUGCUUCACAGAUGAUUUGCAACAAUCGACAGGUCCAGCAGCAAGACAUCAUAGUCCAACUGCCCUGUCCUAUACCGAACGGCACUGCUGCUCUCUCUUUCUACGGUCUCUCUCCCAAGUCAGCUGUACCCUUCAACUGGACGCAAGUACUGCCCUACUGGCCGCCAGUGAUUAUUGCCCUGGCUAUGGCUGUUCUGCAUACUGUCAUCUUCCUCUUCAGAUCCCCGACUCCGGCGUGGAAGAAAGAAGAUAAACUGAAAAGAUAUAUCUAUCAUCCUCACUAGAUUCACAUCAAACUGACAGCAUUGGUUGAAUUGGAAACUGAGUUAUUGAGGAGAAAUUCUGACAGUUUGAAGCAUCUGAUUUCCAGGUACGGCUUCAGUCAGAGUGGGUCGACGACAAAGUGACAUCAGAGUGGGUCGAUAACAAAGUGAGAUCAAAGUGGGACGAUGACUAAGAGGCUGGCCGACAAAGUGAGUCAAUUUACAAAAUGAGUCAAGUGGGUUGACAACAAAUUAAGAUGUCAACAAAGUGGGACCACAAAAAAGUUAACGUUGGCAGAGUGAGACAACAUCAAAUUGGGAUGAUGACUAAAAUGAGCCAACAAAGUUAGUCAAGCACAAACUGUUCUUUGAAAGUGUCAACUAGAUAAUGGAAAAUAGCUUGAACAGGAAGAAAUACAAGAGAAUGUAGAGCUAGAAUUUCCAAAUAAGAUGAGACUCUCAUUUCUUGCAACAUUAUUGGUUUUAAUUUUCCAGGUCAAUAAUUUUAAGAGUAGCUUUAAUGUAUGAAUAUUGUGAGUUUUGAAUAGUCUAUAAACUCUCUAGGCUUUUUUAAUUCAUUCAUGCCAUUGUAUUAUUAAUAAAUUAAUCAAUGAAGAAUACAUAAGGCCAUGUAAAUUGGUAGAGAUAAAUUGUAACUGUUAUUGUUUUUUUCUGAAUGAUUAUCCAAACUUUGGUCAACUGAUAGCGAAAAAAAGCAUUCAGCUCUGUUCAAUAGAUUUGAGAAACGAAUUCAGAAUAAUAUUAUUGAAUAAUUUCUUAGUUCAAGUUGUGCCUAGGUUCAUUAACGUAUUGUAAAUAUUACAAUUAAUGUAUAUUUUUUAUUGUAUACUUUUGUCAAUUAAUUAUUUUUUCAGAAUGAAUUUAAAUAAACCUUAAUCUGUGUGCUAUGUAAAAA